AAAGAGACGAAGGAAAAGUAAAAAAGAGAUGUAGGCUUCUCAACCUCAACUCAAUCCAAAACCUAUCCUGCCUCUUGAAUGAGAUAGAGAGAGACUGGCGGCGGCGGCGGCAGCGGCAGCAGCAAUUAGGUAUGUGGUUGAUGCGUUUGAGAAGCGGUUGCAGAUCCUUGCACUUUCGUCAACUAUGCACAUUCAAAUCCGAUAACACCAACCUCCUUAUUUCGGCCAUCAACAAAGACACAUGUCACCAACAAUUUUUCUCCAUCCCAUUAAUCAAACCACUCUCUGUGGGAUCUCCCACCCCACUCUUCUCACUCCCUUCCCAUUCCUUUGGUCUCACCUCUUCCCAAUAUUUCAACAGUUUCUUUCUCCUUCACCACCCUGAAUAUCCCCAUUACAAUGACAUCCAUCUUCUCACAUAUAACCCCACCACUCAACAAUCUCUCACUCUUCCUCUUGAUCCUCCACUCCCUACAACUACAACUGUUACUUGGGAGGUUAGAACCCAUUUUGGCUUCGACCCUUCAACCAAACUCCACAAAGUCCUCCAUGUUAAAUGGACAGAAUCCAUUCCACAAUCAAUUCCUAGAGUUAUUAAUAUGGUGUGCACGGUUUUGACAAUUGGCAGCAACAUGUCGUGGAGAGAGGUAAAUCAUGUGCCGCCGCCUGUUGAUUCUACCAAGUGUGGUAUUGGUGGGAAAAGUAGUGUUUGUGUUAAUGGUGCAAUGCAUUGGUUAACACAGUAUGGGGAUUCCAUUGUGGCUUUUGAUCUCAAAGAUGAGAAUUUUAGACUUAUCCCACUUCCCCAUGACUUCAAAAAAAAAAACUCUGCAUCGUUCCGUUUGGAAUUUGAACGGUUAGUUGAGCUUGAUGGGUGCUUGGCCUUGGUAGCUGACGUAUAUAGCGGAGUUGAGGCUGAUUACAUGUUGCAGUUGUGGAUACUAAACGAUUACCACAAUCAUGUGUGGGUUAUGAAGACUAUACUCUUUCCAUUUGAGUGGAGCGACUGUGGUCAACCUGUUCCUGUUGGGACUAUCCCAACGGGGGAGAUAUUGCUAAAGCCGCUUUCUUUGAGUAAGAGCCCUGCGUGGCUGCUUUUCUAUAAUACGGAGGGACAUUGUUUCAAGAAGGUUGAAAUUAUCGGUUUGCCUGAGUGGGUUUAUUCGGGUGGUCCUCAAAAUAUCAGAAGCAUUUCUCUUUAUGGUAGAACCUCAGAACGGGGCAGUUGUUGAACCUUAAACUCAAUUCAAGUUAGUAGUGAAUGUCUUAGAAAUGGGGCAGUAGUUGAACCUCAAAAUCUAUCGAGAUUUGCAAGAGGGCAGGAAGGAAAGAGUAGAGAAUGGUACGUUUUUGUUUGUUUGUAUUUUUUUGUUUUUGUUUUUGUCAAAUGCCUUUCUUUCUAGAUAUUUGAUGCAAUCUGUCAAUUAAAAAAAAAAGAUGUUUGAUGUCAAUCUGUUAAUUAUGUUGUUUAAUAGAGUAUUCAGUGAUUAGAAACAGGCGUAGGCAAGCUGAGUACGCUAGAACCGUGUCCAAUCUAGUCGAUAUAGUAGUUUGAUGACUUUUUUCAUAAUGACAAUAUUGUCAUACAAUAUCAUGCAUUAUGAUUGAAACUGGAUCAUAAUGCUUUCAUUAAUUCAAAAAGAUCAACAUUAGUUAUAAAUCCCAAAACACAACCAGAUCAGAUUUCGAUAGAUAGUGUGCCUAUGCUGCUCUAACAACACAAUGCCAAAAGAAAAUAACUUUACAACCAGCAAAAUCUACACUCUAAUUCCUAAUUUUAUUCAACGUAUUUAUGCAAAGGCCCACAAGAAUUGCUCUAAAAUUUUCUUUGGAUAUCAUGCACAUGUUUGAGAAGAGUGUUGCCUCAUUAUCACUAGGUGGGUGAUUGAGUCUGUCAACUCCUCCAAGCAGCAAGCUUGAUUCAUCAAAUGGAAAUGUCUUAGCAUGGUAGAAGAAGAACCACUGCCUGGUUUUUCACCUUAAAGAACAACAAUCAGUGCAAGCUGGCAUGUUGAAGUAAAAGUAAUUGCUAAAUUACUCUUUUAUCAAUUACAAAAGACAAAGGAAAGGAAAGGUAAUCUCUUGGAGCUUCCAUUACUUUUUAAAACACAGAGAUAACAGAGAGCAGAACAAAGACGAAGAAACAUAAACUUCAUUAAAAAAGACAAAAAUAACCACCACCUUAAAAUAAAAAAAAUAAAAAUUCAAACUCAUUAACAAUGGAAGAACUGUCAAGUUCCAGUCUUCUUGGGAACAAUGAUUUUCAAGACUCCAUUGCUGAAUUGGGACUUACUAAUCCAGUAGAUAAAGAUGAGUGUCACAGAGAAAAUUUCCUUCAUUAUCCUUAACGAAAAGCUCGUUAAAGUCCCAUCCAGUAGCUUUGAAGCAAAGAGCACCAUGGUCUUCCACCCAAACCUUUGUGCACUCAUUGUCCACCCCGGGUAGGUUGACCUUCAAAAUCAUCUCUUGUUCAUCUUUCAUGACUUGGUAGUACGGAUGCAAUUCUCCUUCAACUUCAGCAGCACUAUUCAUCGGAGGAACUCGUGUCCACAGUGUGGAGUUGGACAAAUCUAGCUGUGGAACACAGACUAGAGACUGCUGUGAGCUGUUUGGUAAUGGCAGCCAUAUAUAACUGUAAUGGUGAAGGCCAAAGAGUUUCAAAUUUUCCCUUCACAACUAGCAAAUUCCAAAAACACAAAAAUGUAACUGUGAAGAAGGGUUUUUCUUAAAAGCAAAAAUGGUGAAGAAGAGUUUAAAGAAAUGGGUGAGAUAUAUAGUAAGGGGGGAGUGGCUAGUAGCAGCUGUGCUCCGGCACACGUAUUAUUGUCAGCUAGCCUUGGUGAACUGUCCUAACCAAAAAUUCUUUAAAAAAAAAAAAAAAUCAACAACUCACUGGAUAAAACUUUGCCACUCAAUAUUUGAUUCUUGAGUGGGACCUUAUUUGUUGUGCCUUGAGGCAGGUAGCUAGGUACAGUCAAUAGCUGUAAAAACUAAGGAAUUGGUGAAGGCAUAGGAAAUGCAAAAGAGAAGAAGGCAGGAAGGAAAUGACCCAAAUGGAAUAGUGAUUGGUUUGGUGGAUGCCUUCCCUGCUGCUUGACGCAUGAUGUGGGGAUUUGGAUCCUCUCCAUUUCCAAGUGAAAUGGAGAGUGUCCAUUUCAUGGCUAGGAUUGAUUUCAAGGUAAUCCUUGGCUUAAAAUGUGCGACAUCAUUUAAAACAUACUAACUUGACAUCAAUGGGAGAGUUAACAGAGCAAUUUCUAAACUAAAGUUAAUUUAGGCAAAGGAAAAGAAAAAGAAAACAGAAGAGAGAAGACCAAAAUGCAUUUCAAAACAAAAAUAGUAGAUGAAUCCAUGGGAUUGGUAUUGCAAGCUGGGUUAUAGGAUGCCGAUUCUGUAAAGGCAUGGAGAAUGCGAGGACCUAGCGCCGUUGUCAUGGGAUUUGAAGGGAUAAUAAAGAUGAGAAUAGAGGCAUCACAGCAGUUGAAAUGAGGCGGAGGAUAGAUGUGAUGGUCUGGUGUUAGCCUCGGCUGCAAAUCUUGAGUUUCAGCAACCAAUACCCAAAAAAUGUAGGUUUACUUGACAUCUUUUGUGUUGUAAUGGGUCUUUCAAAAUAUCUUUACAAAAUUGCAAGAAUUUAAACUAAGUUUAUUAGAGGUGAUGAUACUAACAUAUGUAUGAAAUCAAUGGUGCAAUUUACAAUUUGUAUCUUGUCCUUGCUAUA